AUGUACAACGAUAGUGCUCUUGCCGUUUGGAACGACCUAAAGGAACUAAUCUCUACCACCAACAGUGUGUACCUUUUUCACAUUGAGCAGGAGAUCCAUAAUUGCUUGCAAGGCAACAUGACCAUUGGUGAAUACUACACCAAGCUCAAAAGUCUCUGGGACAAACGAGAUGCACUUUGUCCUCUACCACCUUAUAGUAGGGCUAUUGCCAAGACUCUACAUCAAUACCAACAGACACAACGCACCAUCAAGUUCCUUAUGGGACUCAAUGAGGUUUAUGCAGCAGCACGUGGUCAAAUUCUUCUCAUGGAUCCACUGCCUUCUGCUAACAAAGUGUUCUCUCUUGUCAAUCAAGACGAAAAACAACGAGUCAUCUCCUCACAAGGUCUGGGUAAAACACCGGAGGCAGCGGCUUUUGCUGCUAGAGAAGGGUUCAAUCAUACAGGGAAAGCUCCUUUGUCCCAACUCUCCACUGUCCGUUGCCAUCGUUGCCACCUUACUGGUCACUCCACUGAAAACUGUCGGGCACACUUAAAAUGUGACUACUACAGACACAGAGGUCAGACAAUUGACAUUUGCCGCAAGCUUAAGAGGGCCAACUCUCACAGUGAUAAGAGUAAUCAUUUGAACGCAAACUCUCAUUCUCGUUCAAAGGCUUAUCAUGUAGGUUUUCAACCAGACAAGACUGACAGCACACCAUUCUCCUACAACCUCACGGCAGAUCAAUACCAUGAUCUCCUUGCCCUUAUUGAUCAAAACAAAGUAGGAAGCAUGGCUAGUCAAGUGAAUGCGGCAACUACAAUGAGCAACGUUUCAGGUAACACAGUUUGUGCAAACUCUCUUACCCCAUAUAAGGAGUGGAUUUUUGAUAUAGGUGCUAUAGAUCACAUGAUCUGCUCAUCGACUCUUAUGACCACCAAGACACCAAUUCGCAAUCGUCAUGUAUAG